AGUUAGUGUUUUAUUUACUGUGAUAUAAUUUAAUCCAGCAUGGUUAUUGCUCAACAUAUUAUCCUUAUCGUAGGUGCGCUCAUAUUUCUUAUGGUGGGAAUUCUUCGAGGAACAGCUAGUAUGCAAUUAUCACCUUUAUUAUGGCAAUCCUAUUGGCUACGGCACUCUAUAAUAUUAGGAACAAUACCUGGUGCAAUUAUAUCAGCGUGUUCAAAUGAUAUUCUUGGUCGAAAACUUUCAAUGCUAUUAUUAUCAUUAACGGCUAUGCUUUCAUUUUUUUUUCUACAUUUUGCUAACAACAUUUCUAUGGCGUACAUUACAUUGAUAUUAAUGGGAGUGUCGUAUGCAUGGGCAUUAUCAGUUAUACCAAUUUAUGUGAGUGAAACAGCUUCACCUUAUUUAAGAGGACCUGCCAUAGUAUUUGACAUAAUUUGUAUGCCAAUAGGAACUUAUUUAAGUUAUGUAUUCCUAGAAAAUAUCCAAAUACCCAUGGAAUUUUUACCAACAAUCGGGGUUGUAUCACUUGUACCCAUUAUUAUUUUGGUAACUUUCUUGAAUGAAUCACCAUACUUUUUAAUCAUGAAAAAUCAAGAUGAAAAAUGUAAGCAAGUUUUAAGAAAAAUUCGUUCUGGAGAAAAUAUUGAAAGAGAAUACGACGAUAUAAAAACAGCAUGGAAUGAAACGCAUAAAGAAAAAUCAAAUCUUAGAGGAUUCUUCAUAAGUCUUGGAGUUUUAAGUGUUCAACAAUUUAGUGGUUAUAUUCUCGUAGAUAGUACCAUUUCAAUAGUUUUAAUAACACAUCCAAAAUAUUUUUCAUUAUUGAAACAUUUAAGGGAAUUUCAGUUGAUACUCAUUGGCGCAGGUCUUUUAAGUAUAUUCGCUGUGAAUUUAUGUGGUCGAAAAUUACUAUUUAAAAUUGUAACAAUAGGAGCCUGUUUGGGAAAUUUUUUAGUUGGAUUUGGAUUUUUGAUGGAAGAAAACAAAGGUCUCUCAGAUAGUCUGGGAACAUGGGAAUUAAUUGGAAGUUUUAUUUAUUUAGCUACGAUCGGAUUUGGUUUGAUUCAUUUACCUCACGUUUUAAGUGUGGAGUUAUUACCAAUGGAUAUUAAAUCUAAAGGUUGUUCUUUGUUAAUUGCAAUUGCGGCAAUAGAAGGUAUCAUAAUUGAAGAAAUACUUAAAGCAUUCCUGAAACAUGGAAAUACUGUUUAUCCGACGUAUAUCAUUUUGUUUGUAUGCAGUGUUCUCGGUUUGUUCUUUGGAAAAGUUCCUGAAACUAAAAUGAAAUCUUUACCUGAAAUACAAAAACAAUUGAAAUAUAAUUAGUGAUAAAAGUGUUUGGCAAAAAUAGGGUUUAUAAUGUGUAGACGUAAGUCUAAAAUUUGUGAUAGAAUGAGUGCUUAAGUUAUUUAAGGAUGUAUGAGCGCUAGAACAAUUUGGAUAAUUUUAGAAGGGAUUGUCCGAUUAUUUAAAUAAAUAAAUGACUUCAAAAGUAGGCACAUGUAACAUUUGUUUUACGACAAAACGGUAGAUUGAUGAUAUGUUUUCAUAGAUUCCUCCAAAACUAGUCGGUGGAUAUUAAAAACUAUUUAAAUCCUUAAGAAAUUAUUGAAAACAAAAAAAAACUCGUUGUGCCUGACUAAUUAAGUAUGUAUGAGUACGGUAGUGAGGACACAAAUUAAAAAAAUUCAUAUUUUAAAUUUUGAUGGAGAAUUAUGUUAUAACUUGACAAUAUAAGACAA